CUCUUUUGCUUUCAAUGCGAAGAGUUGAUAGUGUUGUGUGUGCGAUUACUUUCGUGGCAAUAAUAUACCUCAAUUUUACUGCUAAUAAAAGUUGAAAAAGUUUGCGUAGGUGUUUUACUGGUUAAAUCGUCAAAUCUUGCAGUUAUACAAUUAUUAAGAAGCUGCUGUAGUCUAACUAAUAUUUCAUAGACCAAUAAUCUGUAAUUGUGAUUGACACAGUUUUCACCGACAGAAAAGGUAUCGAAAGCUAAACUACUGCCAGUAGGGCACCUCUCCCCGGUCAAUCGAACACCUAUGCUAACUAGAACUGAUAAGGGAGCGGAAAAAUACCAUUUUUGUUGCCAUAAAUAGUCAUAACAGUGUGCAGUGGUUACGUAUUGAAAAUUUGCGGCUGCUGCAAGCCACAGAUCAAUCCUGUGAGAGAAUCUAGCGGAAGAAGGCCUACUAUUAGUUGAAGUGACAACGACUCUUAUUGGUGAUAGGCGUGUGAACGUUUGGAAAGUUUUAUCUAGAACCAUCCAAAAAGUGAUCCUUAAAGUUUUGAACUGAUUAGAUCAAAGUGCGUAAAAAGCAUAUAUUCGCAACAUAAUGGCGGCGAAAGACGAUAACACGAAUGAUACCAUGAAAUCACUCGGGUGGAAAUUCCUCAACAAGGAGACCUUUGGUAACGGUGAACGGGCAAACUAUGUAAACAGUCCACAUGUCAUCGCGAUGGUGGGCCUGCCCGCGCGUGGUAAAACGUACAUCUCGAAGAAGCUGUCCCGCUAUCUGAACUGGAUCGGCAUCAACACGAAGGUAUUUAACUUGGGCGAGUACCGGAGGCACGCCACCGACGCCUACCGCAGCCAUGAGUUCUUCCGACCGGACAACGAAGCUGCCAUGGCUAUCCGGCAGCACUGUGCCGAAAUGGCACUGGUGGACGUCUGCCAGUGGCUGGAGAAUGGUGGUGAAGUAGCGGUAUUCGACGCCACUAAUUCUACCCGCGAACGACGCCGAAUGAUCAAGGAAAUCAUCGUGCACAAGAUGGGCUACAAGCUCUUCUUCGUGGAGUCGGUUUGUGACGAUCCUCAAAUUAUUGAGCAGAAUAUUAUGGAAGUGAAGGUGAGCAGCCCUGACUAUCGUAACAUGAACAUGGACGAAGCGCUGUCCGACUUUCGGCUGCGGAUUGAACACUACCAGGAACGCUACGAACCGCUGGACGAGGAGAUUGAGAAGAUGCUGUCGUACAUGAAGAUCUACAACACCGGUGAGAAGGUGGUCGUCCACAAGCACGAGGGACACAUCCAGUCCCGCAUCGUGUACUAUCUGAUGAACAUUCACAUCACCCCGAGGACAAUCUAUCUGACGCGGCACGGUGAAAGUGAGCACAACCUGAAGGGAUUGAUCGGUGGCGAUUCGAACCUUAGCGACCGAGGACGCCGUUAUUCUCAAUCAUUGGCCAAGUUUAUUUCGGAACAGCACAUCGAAGGACUACGGGUCUGGACCUCGUGGUUGAAACGUACCAUUCAGACCGUGGCUGACGUCAAUGCUCCGCAGGAGCGUUGGAAGGCACUCAAUGAAAUCGACGCUGGAAUUUGCGAGGAAAUGACUUACGAGGACAUUCAAUCGAAAUUUCCGGAGGAAUUCAAGGCACGUGAUCAGAACAAAUUCGCUUAUCGCUACCCGCGAGGUGAAAGCUACGAGGAUUUGGUAGUUCGGCUGGAACCGGUCAUGAUGGAGCUGGAACGGCAGGGCAACGUGCUGGUCGUGUCGCACCAGGCCGUACUGCGCUGUGUAUUGGCGUAUUUCCUAGACAAAACGGCAGAUGAGCUUCCCUAUCUGAAAGUGCCUCUGCAUACGAUUAUCAAGCUGACCCCGGUCGCCUACGGGUGCAAGGUGGAGCAUAUCAAGCUUCCCAUUGACGCGGUAGACACACAUCGUGCCAAGCCAGAGAUAUCAGACGAAUCAUUCGGUAGCGACGAACUUAGCUUGAACGGUGACGAUUCUCCCCUAUCAUCACGAAAUGGCACUUGCUCUCGCUAGAGGGGAUACAAAAGUGCAGCAAACAGCAUCGAAACAUUGUAAACGGAUCACAACCUACGAAUACCGUGAAUGUGACAAAUUAUUCCAUUUUCAAUCACAUUGUCUCAUCGACUCUCUCUCUCUCAAUCUUAUAUCUCAUCAUGUAAUCAGAUCUUAAAUGUGUUUUAAUGUUUUAUGUGAUUUCUUAAUUAUUGCUGGCGAUCAGUUAUGUCGAUCAUGAAAAUUGUAUUAAUUUUAAGGUUAAUAACUGCAAUCAUAUUUUAUACAUAUACUCUUAUUAUCUUAUACUGUUCAUAAUUUUUGCGUUCGGAUAGCGCCAAAUAAACGUUUUUUUUGCUCACCUAAAACACGUGUACAUAAAACCAAACAUA